AUGAGUGAAAAACUAUCGAGUCCAGUAUAUACAAAUGAUUAUGUGACAUGCUAUGACAAUUAUUUAAUAGUACAUGAUUAUUACUUUCCAUUUGGUAAUAGAAAAAUGAUAAAAUAUGCUGAUAUUGAUAAAUGUGAAUUAGGUUAUAUAGAUGAGUUAGGUUUUUCUAAAAUAAAAUUAUGGGGUAUGGCACUAUCACCAAUAUGGUGGCCUGCUGAUUUGCAUCGACACACUGGUCGAGAAAAAUAUAUUUUAUUAGAUACACAACAAUGGCCGAAAAUUGGUAUAACAAUGAAUGAUAAUGAAAUUGAUCAAAUAUAUUAUUUUAUAUCAUCAAAAUUAUCAACAAAACACCUUGAUAAAGAACCAAAAACAUUCAGUGAUAUUCCAGUUAACUUAAAAAAAUAA